GGUUUAAACUUCACAUUUUGAGUGCACAAAAUAUCACUAAUAUGAUUUUAAUGUCACAGAUAGAUUUACAUGUAACAUACAUUUUAAAAUAGAACGCAACUCAGAGCUCUACACCUCCCAGUGCCUUAACUGGAAUAAAUCAGACUAGUAAAGACACAACCUCUGUUGAUGAUGUAGCUGCUGUCACUGAGAAGCUAGAGGAGUUACAGAGUUACCUACCACAGAUGUCUAAAAUGAUAGAAAAAAUGAAAGAGAGUGAUCCAUCCAAUCAACUGAAUGAAUUGAGCAAUUUGUACCAAGCAAUACUAGCCAAGACUACAAACAUUAACAUGAGCACAUUAGAAAAAGGUCAUGUUGUUUUGAAGAGAAUGUUUCCAGAAGACUCAUCUAAUAGCAUUAAAGACAAGGCAUCCAUAAGUGUUACUUUUGCAGAAAUUGGUAAGUGGAGCUACAACUUAUUGCCAAGCGGUAGAGCUUGGUUAGUAGGGUUGAGUUGGUCAAAAUGGCUGCCCAAAUUGAGCUAUUCUUGCUCGUUUCUCUGGGAUAAUCUAACUUUAUUUCUUACUUGAGAGCAUAGGCGGCGGAACAGGGGGGCAGAGGGGGCUAAAGCCCCCCCAGUCUUGAAACAGGAGGGGCUGAGCCCCCCCAGAAAUUCUCUGCAACUGACUAACAAAGAAAAUAAAACUGACUUUUAUCAGUAAAAUUAGACCUGCAGUCAUCAUCUCUUCAUUUUAUUUAAAGAAAAAGGCAAGAAAACUACUCUAAAUCCAACAAUAAAAGAUUAGCACCAUUUUUUGUAAAAUUAGCAGCAAUUUUUGUAUAAAACCACACCCAUUUUAAUAACUUAAUUGAUGUU